GCUGCGAGAAAAACAUGGUUGCCCUCCACUUACUUUGGAUAGCAAGCUGACAAAGGACGCUCAGGAAUAUGCCGAAUUCUUAGCCAAAGUGGAGUGUUUCGUUCAUUCUAAAGGAGAUCACGGAGAGAAUAUGAGCCUGAGGGUGGGGUUUGGAAAAUUGAACAUUACAGGAGAAGAAGUUACAAACUUGUGGUACAGUGAAAUUGAAAAUUAUAAAUACGAGGAUAACGUCCAAAUGGAGUGUGGUCACUUCACACAAGUGGUCUGGAAGGAUACAAAAAAAGCGGGCUUCGGUCGAGCUUACACGAAAGACGGUAGAAAAAUCUACGUGGUCGGGAGGUAUUAUCCACCGGGGAACUAUCAAGGCUGUUGUAAACUGAACGUACCACGUCCCAUUAGUUG